AGAACCGUUCAUUUGCUUUUGUGCCGUUGACAAUUGACAUUCAAUCGCUUUUUCCAUUUGUUUUUAUUUUCCCCUCUUCUACCCUAAGUUUCUCCUUUCGAAGAAAACGCAUUUGGAAUACAAAUCAGGCGAAAAACACGCGUACAAAAAUCGAGUAAUCGAAAAUCAGUGGCGAUUUCGAAGGGUGUGUAUGUGUAUAGAAUUACUACAACACACCACAAAUACAGUUCGAAAAGGCAGCGCAGUCGGCAGAGGCGAAAAAAAAAGCAGCGGCGUCAGCAUUUCCAUUUCGGCAUUGCAGCUCGAAAAUCGUAGAAUCAGAAACUAAUCAGCCGGCAGAGGCUAUAGCAGUCGCCCGAUCGCAAUCGCGCCAUAUAGUACAGACAAUAGGUACCAUUGCCUAGGAGUACCAGGAACCAGGAACCACUAAUACCCAUCAACGCCAUGGAGGAGAACAACUCGCAAGUACUGAGCCUGCUGGGCGGUCUGGCCAUCGGAAUCGUUGGCUUCCAGGUCUUCCGGAAGGUCCUGCCCUGGAUUUACGCCAAUGUUGUUGGCCCCAAGGUCUUUGGCUCCUCCGUGGAUCUCUCCAAAAUGGGCGAGUGGGCAGUUGUCACCGGGUCGACCGAUGGAAUUGGCAAGGCCUACGCCAAGGAGCUGGCUCGCAGGGGCUUAAAGCUGGUGCUGAUUAGUAGAUCCCUGGAGAAACUGAAUGUGGUGGCCAAGGAGAUAGGCGAUAAAUACGGUGUGGAGGUGCGUGUGAUCGAUGUGGACUUCACCGGCGGUGCCGAGAUCUACGAUAAGAUCCGCGAAAAGACCACUGGCCUGAAUGUCGGAGUGCUGGUCAACAACGUGGGCAUCAGCUACAGCCAUCCCGAGUACUUCCUGGACUGCUACAAGUCCGAUCCCCAGUUCCUGCGCAACAUUGUGGCUGCCAAUAUCCACUCGGUGACGCACAUGACCGCACUUUUUCUGCCCGGCAUGAUUAGCCAGCGACGUGGUGUGAUCAUUAAUCUGUCGUCCACUGCCGGAGUCAUUCCCAAUCCGCUGCUGAGCGUGUACAGUUCCACCAAGGCCUUUGUGAACAAAUUCAGUGAUGACCUGCAGACGGAGUACAAGGAGCACGGCAUCCUCAUCCAGAGUGUCCAGCCGGGCUUUGUGGCCACAAAUAUGUCGAAGAUCCGAAAGGCUAGCGUGUUUGCUCCCUCGCCGGAGACGUAUGUCCGCUCGGCGCUGUCCACCCUGGGCAUUGCCACCCAGACGGCGGGCUAUCUGCCCCAUGCCCUGCUCCAGCUGGUCAUCCACUUUACGGAGGCGGUGUUCGGCGAACAAUUCGCACGCAACAUCGUUUUGAAGAACAUCCUGGGCACCCGGAAACGUGCCCUGCGCCGCCUGGCCAAAGAACAGUAGACUAUUGAGGAUGGAUACGGCGGAGGAGGCAUUUAAUGGGAAUCGGUUGGGAUGACGAGUGGGUCAGUUGGGUUGUGGGGAAAAUCCGGCUAGUCAAAUAGCUUACGUAAUCACCGCGUGUCAUACGAAUCCACAAAAAGAUAGCUUGAAAUACCAAAAAACAAAAAAACAAAUUUUUUCCGAAAUAAACUAAGCUUAGUUAGUUUUUGUCAUUAAUCAGCAUUGAAGAUUCGCAAGCAGCCAUGUCAUGUAAACAAUAAAAAAUGUGUAUAAACACAGAGUUACUAGAUAUAUGUAUAUAUCUAGUUUAUAAUGAUAAA